AUGACCAAAGAAAGGUACGAUCCUCCUCCAGGACCUCCGCCUGGUUGGAGCAAGAGGCAAGAAGCAUCAUCAGAAACAUACGGUCCACCUCCAGGCCCACCACCUGGCUAUCAGAGGCAUAAUGAAAAGGCCAACCUGAAUGAACAAUUCGCACCACCUCCAGGACCACCUCCGUCUCAUCGCCAGGAAGACUCUCUGAACCAAACAGCUCCACCGGACUAUGCUCCGUGGUUGUCAGUACCCGAUACAAGUCUACUACCACCAGCUCCUGCUAUGACCUACGACACCUCACCAACUGCAAAUGCAACCCAAUACUCGGCUGAACAGGCAAAGGAAUGGUGCAAUCGUAAUCGUCUGUAUCCUCCUGGCCAGAUUCCCGCCUCGGUCCAUGAAGACUUCCGCAUCCAUGGUUUUACCUUCAGCCAGCCUCCACCAAACUUUACAGGUGAGUUGACAAGGGCGAUGCGUCAACACAAUACCUGGUCUGUCCGCACACGUAAGAACUGCGAGGAUUGUAUCCUUACUACCUCCGCUCCACUCUACUCUGCAGCUCUCAAUGAUCCUUUGAGGACCCAAGGAAGACCCUUCACGAUCUAUUUUGAGAUUCGCGUGACUCGCAUGGGAUCUGAUUCUGGAGAUGAGGGCGAUGCUGGAAUUGCGAUUGGAUUCGUCGCUCCGCCUUAUCCAUCCUUCCGUCUUCCUGGCUGGGAACGUGCCAGUCUCGGCGUGCAUGGCGAUGAUGGUCGCCGCUACAUCGACGAUGAUGGCGGUGGUCAGGACUUCACGACUUACUUCAAGAACGGCGAGGUGGUUGGCAUUGGUAUGAAUAUCAGACCGGCGCAAUUCCCUGGUCGUAAAAGAGAUGUUGAAGUCUUCUUCACGAGAGAAGGUCAGAAGGAAGGAGGAUGGAACAUGUACGAGGAGCGUGAUGGAGAUGACUGCGGCAGCAUCGUUGGCCUGGAGGGUGAUCACGACUUGAUGGCUGCGGUAGGCAUGUUCGGCCAGGUUGACUUUGAAGUGAGAUUCCGCCGUGAGGAAUGGCUGUACCGCCCUUAG